GAGGCGGUAGAGGAGGAGAAGGAGGAUAUAGGUUCCUGGUUACUGAUUUUGCUAGACGCUGUAGUUUCUUCUGGAAUCUUUGAAACUGGAUUACUUGAUGGGUUUUGUGUUAAAGAAGUUGCAGUAGGUGGAUUAAUGUUGUCUGUUGAUAGAUUGAUCGAACUAAUGACGGAUUGA